AUUUGAAAUAGGUGUGCUAAAAUGUUCAAAAUUUAAAAACUCGUUAUUUUUGGAAAAAUGGAAAAAAUUAAAUUAAAGUGAAAUUUCAAGAUCAAGAGUAAAUCUAAAGCAGCUCAUUUGUGAAUUUUGCAUGAAUUCACCCUAGUUUUUCUUCUCUUCGAAUAUACAAUAUAACAAUUUUUCUCUAUAGUCGAAAUACACAGUGGUUAAGAAAAAGUUAAAUUAUAGUGGAAUAUGUGAAGAGUUUUAAGUAUAAAUUAGAAUAAAUAAAAAGUGAACUGAAAGUACAUUAAGGAUAACGCAAAAUGCAAUUCGGAUGGCAUCUAAUUACACGAGAAUUUCAUUGUGGAAAAAUCUUUAGGAAUCAAAUCAUCCCAAAAUCAUUGCACGACGUCAAUAGCAUCUUAACGUCUAAUGAAUAUUCAAGGGAAUUUGAAAGUGAAAAUCGCACGCAUGCAUGUUCAAGCUACGAUUCUAAUCAAUUAGGAUCAAAUUCACCGUGUGAGGAUGCUAGAACGGAAGGAUCAUUUUUGCAUGCAGCUGGUCUACUUGUUGGAAUUUUCGAUGGUCAUGCUGGAGGUGCUUGUGCACAAGUUGUCAGUAAGAGAAUCCUUAGAUAUUUAGCAGCAUCAUUAAUACCACAAAAUGCUUUAUAUCAAGAGAUGAUAAAUGGUGGAAAGAGUAGCUCAUUUUUAAAAUGCCAUAAUGAUAAGCACGAUUUUGUUGAGGAAUUGCGUGACUUGUACGAGAAUAGUUUCAAAAAAUUCACAAAUGAAUUGCUCGAAAAUUCACGUACUGAUCCUGAGCCGUAUGACUUGUCAAAGUUAAUGGAAAAUGCAUUUUUAAGACUGGACAAAGAUAUUUCAGAUGAGGCAAUGUUUUCAGGUAUUAGUCAGACAUUAUCAGUAGCACUUUCAGGAUCCGUUUCAGUCGUCGCACAUGUUGCAAAAAAUCACUUACAUGUUGCAGCUUGUGGCGAUUGUCAGGCUGUUCUUGGCUCAAUUAAUGAGCAUGGACAUUGGGUUGCUACAAAACUGAAUCAUGAGCACAAUGCUGAAAAUACAGCAGAAGUAAAGCGCAUAUUAAGCGAACAUCCAGGCUCUGAAAGAGAUACAAUAAUAAGAGGUGAUCGUUUAUUGAGUCAAUUAGCACCGCUCAGGGCUUUUGGAGAUUUUCGAUACAAAUGGCCACGUGAGAAGCUUGAAAAGUUAAUUGUACCACAUUUUGGAGAUCAAGUGGUUCCUCCACAUUAUCAUACGCCGCCAUAUUUAACAGCAAAACCAGACGUACAGUAUCAUAUGUUGACACCAAAGGAUAAAUUUUUAGUUCUUGCUAGUGACGGCUUGUGGGAUGUAUUAAACCCAUUGGAAGUUGUACAUCUCGUCGGUGAACAUUCAAUAGGAAAAGCAUCACUGCAGCCAUUCAAACUACCCAAAAAGCAAAAACUUACACUCAAUGAAUUGAAUGAAAUGCUCAAAGCCAGAAAAUUGGGAAUGGAAAUGCCAAUUGAUAAAAAUGCAUCGACUCAUUUGAUUCGCUACGCUCUAGGCGGCACUGACUUUGGACUUGACAAUGCACGAUUAUUCCAUCUUUUAUCACUUCCGUCAGACAUUGUGCGACUCUUUCGCGAUGAUAUAACAAUUACCAUCCUCUAUUUUGACUCAGAAUAUUUGCGUAACUUACCCGCUUAAGACACAAAAAAUGGUAUUUUCAUCCUGCUGCUUUUAUUUGCCAAAUACAGACAAAAUAUUAUUAUUUUUAUUGUUGAUGUUAUCAUUAUGUACAUUUGGGAAGUAUCUCAUGUUAAUUAAAUUUUAGCAGGGUAUAUUUCAUUAGUCAAUUUUACAUAUAAUUAUUAUUACUUUUUGCCUUCAUCAUCUUCUUUUUUGCUGUUGAAAAAAGUUAGAAAUUGUUUUAAAAUUAGCAUAAAAAUAUGUAUGAUGCAAGUUCAUCAUACUUAAACAAUCUAUAUAUUUUAAAGAAGAAAAAAAUAUAAUAAAAAUUACAAUGUGAUCGUUUUAAACAAAAAAAUCCGUUGACUCG